AUGACGAAGAGCGCCGUCCGGCUGCUUUGCAGUGAGCUUGCCCACUUGCUGGAGCCGCCGACUGCGGGGGGCUUGAGCGUUGAGGACCAAGUCCUCUGUACCCUCAGGUUCUUUGCAACUGGCAGCUUCCAGUCGUCAGUCGGCAGUGAGGCGGCCAUCGACAUGUCCCAGCCGUCUGUAAGCCGCUGCAUUGCAAAAGUCGCGCGGGCCAUUGUUCAGGUUGGGAAGGAGCGAGGAUGGGUGGCCUUCCCACGCACCGCCAGCGAGCGAGCUGCAAUUAAGCAAGGGUUCUUGCAGCGCGGCAGGCUCGGCGGCGUGAUUGGGUGCGUGGAUGGCACGUUCAUCGCCAUCGUCGCCGCGAACCUGCCUCCUGCGCAGAAGGCAACGUAUUGGUACCGGAAAGGCUACUACGCCCUCAAUGCAGUGGUGGUGUGUGACUCGGACUUGAGGGUCCUUCACGUUGACCCGCGAUUCGCUGGGUCGUGCCACGACGCGCACGUGUGGCGGUACGCGUCGCUUCGCGGGCGCAUUGCCAGCGGCCGCAUUGCCGUCCAAGACGGCGACAGUGCGUACCCCCUAGAGCCGUGGCUCCUGACACCUGCGCCCGGCCACCCUGCCCCGCACACGCCGGAAGGGCGCUACAACGCCGCGCACACUUCCGCAAGGCACCUGUCGCCGCCCCCUACUGCCCGAGCAGUGUGCGUCGCUUUGUGCCAGACGCUCUGA